UCUUGUAGGCAUGUCUGGCCGUGGAAAGCAAGGCGGGAAGGCUCGGGCCAAGGCCAAGUCCCGCUCGUCCCGGGCCGGGCUGCAGUUCCCGGUGGGCCGCGUCCACCGGCUGCUGCGCAAGGGCAACUACGCGGAGCGGGUGGGGGCGGGCGCGCCCGUCUACCUGGCCGCCGUGCUCGAGUACCUGACGGCCGAGAUCCUGGAGCUGGCGGGCAACGCGGCCCGCGACAACAAGAAGACCCGCAUCAUCCCGCGGCACCUGCAGCUGGCCAUCCGCAACGACGAGGAGCUCAACAAGCUGCUGGGCAAGGUCACCAUCGCCCAGGGCGGCGUCCUGCCCAACAUCCAGGCCGUGCUGCUCCCCAAGAAGACCGAGAGCCACCACAAGGCUAAAAGCAAAUAAGUUCGAGGAAAACCCCUACUUUUAACCACCUCCCCCCCAAAGGCUCUUUUCAGGGCCACCCACCACCCUCGAUGAAAAAGCUGUUGCAUUUUUUCC